AUGGUGGCGGUGAUGGCAACAGCUGCACUCGUGGUAGUAGCCGGCGGAGCAGCAUCACCGGCCCCAAUAGGGAAACGCGGCUGCGAAACGAGGUGCGGCGACGUGAGCGUGCCGUACCCGUUCGGCUUCGGCCAGGACAGGUGCUCCGCGGCGCCAGGCUUCAAGCUCAACUGCGUCCACGGGAACACUACCGAUAUGAGCUCAGGAGGAGCAGGCACACGGCUCCUCCUGGGCGACCAUGGAGACUUCGAGGUAAAGGAGAUCUCGGUGAAAAACAGGACGAUUCGUGGGCUCAGCCGCCCUGUCUUCAUCAACGCCACUAUCAACAACACCGGCCACAGUACCGUGAGGUCUAUGGGCUUCGGAGACAACCGCUGGCAGUACUUCCUGCCGCCGACCAGCACCGAGCUGGUGGUUACGGGGUGCAACGUGCAGGUGAGGCUGCUCUUCACGUCUCCUAGCAGCACCUACGGCUACACCACCGGCUGCUGCUCUCACUGCAACAGCAGUGGUGUGCUCACCGCCGACGACGUCCGGAAUAACUAUAUGGUCGGCUACUGCACUACGCCGGUCUUCUGGUACCUCGCUUCCUAUGACGUGGAGCUCAAGCGGGUCGACGGGAGCAGCGCCAUUAACGACAAUCUACCCGUCUACGCGUUCAUCGCCGAGGAAGGUUGGUUUGGUCCGCACCGGGCCGCUGAUCUUAUGAAUCUAGGCGCCGAGCGUUCCGUUUACGGAUCCAAGGCCAACAAGGAUGAUCAUCUGUUGGCUCCCCUGGUCCUCGGCUGGGCAUGUCCCAACGACGGAACCUGCAACGCCUCCGUCAGCGCCAACACCAACUGCAGCACCCCCUUUGAAGGAGCUCAGUACGUUUGCAGCUGCAAUCCUGGCUACAAGGGUAACCCUUAUCUCACUGAUGGAUGCCAAGAUAUUGACGAGUGCAAGCAGGCAAAGGACCAUGGGUGUUUCGGUUUAAUCAUUGGUCUCUUGGUUUCUCUCGUCCCAUCCCUCAUGCUUUUGGUUAUAGGUGGAUUGUUAAUAAUCCGUAAGCUUGAGCAUCAUAGAGCCGAAAAGUUGAAACGGAAGUUCUUCAAUCAAAAUCAUGGACAACUAUUGCAACAGCUAGUAUCUCAAAGGUCUGACAUCGGUGAGAGGAUGAUCAUCACUAUGAAGGAGAUAGAGAAGGCCACAAACAAUUUUGAUCAAUCUCGUAAGCUCGGUGGCGGAGGGCAUGGUACUGUCUACAAAGGAAUAUUGUCAGACUUGCAUGUUGUGGCCAUCAAAAAGUCAAAUAUUAUGGUCCAGAGAGAAAUUGAUGAGUUCAUAAAUGAGGUUGCCAUACUAUCACAAAUCAACCAUAGGAAUAUUGUCAAGCUUCAUGGUUGUUGUCUCGAGACAGAAGUCCCACUCUUGGCAUACGAAUUUAUUUCCAAUGGAACCCUUGGUGAUCAUCUUCAUAAUGACUCGCCAAAAUCAAUAUCUUGGGGUGACAGGCUAAGGAUCGGAUGUGAAGUAGGAAGAGCUAUUGCUUACCUUCAUUCUGCUGUUUCAGUUCCUGUAAUACACCGAGACAUCAAAUCUUCUAACAUACUUCUUGAUGAUGCUUUCACGGCAAAACUAUCAGACUUUGGUGCUUCAAGGUACAUUCCUAUCGACCAGUCAGGGAGAACCGCAACAGCAGUCCAAGGAACAAUAGGAUAUCUAGAUCCUAUGUACUACUACGCCGGGCGGCUCUCAGAAAAGAGCGAUGUUUAUAGCUUCGGAAUCCUACUUUUGGAGUUGUUUACGAGGAAGAUACCAAUCAUGUAUAGAACCUCAGAAGGUGAUGGACUUGUUGCACAAUUUGUUGAACUCCUAGAGGAAGGCAAACUAGUUGACAUACUAGAUUCCCAAAUUGUAGAGGAGGGAGGUAGUGAAGUUGAAGAAGUAGCUGCUCUCGCUGCAUCAUGUAUAAAGUUAAGAGGAGAGGAGAGGCCUACCAUGAGGCAAGUUGAGAUGGCACUCGAAGGCAUUCAGGCAAACAAGCAGCUCGUCCUAAAUGAUUUGACAGGUGAGCAAAAUGAAGAAAACGAUUCAAUUUCAACCAGUUUGAGCUUGGAGGAAGUGAGCUGA